AUGGACAAUAAGGGAAUCAUGGAUUUGAUCGAAUGGCUUCAAUGCAACGAUGACCAAUCUCCUUCGUUGAUGAACAAAUGUGACCUCAUUUGUGCUAGCUUAGAAGCUGUGGACCCGUUUUUAGCAAUUUUUGAAGAUGGAAUCGCACCGAUUCAUGUUUCAUGUUAUAUCGAGCCGGUGCUAGGAUUAGGGAAAGUCUUGAUCCUUCCAGCGAAACCCAGAGAUGGUCAACUAAGUAGGGUAGUAAUGGUUACACUUCCACGUGAUGAGGAGGCUUGUAUUCAUCACGGUGGCGACAAGCGUCCAAGUAAACCCAUCAAAACUGGACACGUUUCAUGCAACCACAAAACCUUCAAUUUCGCAGACCACUAG